GGCUUGUACUCUGGAGAAGAAUAUGUGGCUGCAUGUGACAGAGCAGAGGAAUCGCACAGAAGAGUGUGUGGAUGAGGAUACGUCGUGUCUCCAGGAGCUCUGCCCCUGACAUCUCCAAGUGACAGACACUGGACCCCCCUGGCAACCUGCACACAGAGCCUUCCUGUAUGUAGGGCUGGUGCCAACUUGUGAUCUGAUCUGACAGUCUGAAGCCAGGAAGCGCUGCCACCUUGUUGUCCCCAGGUCUGCUCUGUGCAUGCACCCAGAGCACCUCGCUCUGCCCUCUGUGCCCACGCCGGUGAUGCCAUGCCCCGCAACCAUAGUGGAGGCGAUGAGGGAGGCUCUGGGCUCUGGAUAAAAAGCAGCUCUGGAGGGAGAGGCAGGGGCAGGGACCGUUACUACGGCAUGAAAGAUGUGGAGUCGGGUCGGGGCAACAGGGUGCUGCUGAACUCCAGUAGAGGGGACGGGCUGCUUCUCCUGGGCACCAGUGACACUGGCAGGGGCAGCGGUGUGGGGCCGGGAGGGGGCUUGCAGGAGAGCCGCCGGGGGAAGCAGGGAGCUCGCAUGAGCUUAUUGGGGAAGCCGCUGUCGUACAACAGCAGCCAGAGCUGCCGGAGGAACGUGAAGUACCGGAGGCUGCAGAACUACCUGUACAACGUGCUGGAGAGACCCCGGGGCUGGGCAUUCGUCUACCACGUCUUUGUAUUUCUACUUGUCUUCAGUUGCCUAAUUUUGUCAGUGUUUUCCACUAUACCUGAACACCAAGAGCAAGCUUCAUAUUGCCUCUUUGUCCUGGAAUUCGUAAUGAUUGUUGUGUUUGGUUUGGAGUAUAUUAUUCGUAUAUGGUCUGCUGGUUGCUGCUGUCGCUAUCGAGGAUGGCAGGGAAGGUUACGAUAUGCCCGGAAACCAUUUUGUGUAAUAGAUAUCAUAGUUCUUAUUGCUUCUGUGGCAGUUGUGUCUGCUGGAUCUCAGGGAAAUAUUUUUGCUACAUCAGCACUCCGAAGUCUUCGAUUUCUACAGAUCCUACGUAUGGUGCGCAUGGAUCGGAGAGGGGGGACUUGGAAAUUACUAGGUUCUGUUGUUUAUGCACAUAGCAAGGAACUCAUCACAGCUUGGUAUAUAGGAUUUUUAGUGCUUAUCUUUUCAUCAUUCCUUGUGUAUCUGGUGGAGAAAGAAGCUAACACUCAAUUUCAAACAUAUGCAGAUGCUUUAUGGUGGGGUACGAUCACAUUGACCACCAUUGGCUAUGGUGACAAAACUCCUCAUACAUGGCUUGGAAGACUACUUUCAGCUGGUUUUGCUCUGCUUGGUAUUUCUUUCUUUGCAUUACCUGCAGGAAUUCUCGGUUCAGGAUUUGCCUUAAAAGUUCAGGAACAGCAUCGACAGAAGCACUUUGAAAAAAGGAGAAAUCCUGCAGCUAGUUUAAUUCAGUGUGUAUGGCGUAGUUAUGCGGCUGAUGAGAAAUCGGUUUCCAUUGCUACCUGGAAGCCUCAUUUGAAGGCCUUGCAUACCUGCAGCCCUACAAAGAAAGAACAAGGAGAGACAUCUGGAAGUAAGCUUUGUAGUAAUAAGCAGAAGCUCUUCAGGAUGUACAGCUAUCGGAACCUUAGUCAGAAGUUGAGCUUCAAAGAGAGAGUACGCAUGGCAAGCCCAAGAGGUCAAAGUAUAAAAGGCAGACAAACAUCGGUUGGAGAUCGACGUUCCCCUAGCACUGAUGUGACCUCAGAAGCAAGUCCUACAAAAGUCCAAAAGAGCUGGAGCUUCAAUGACAGAACACGAUUUAGGCCUUCCCUUAGACUGAAGAGUUCACAACCCAAACCAGUGACUGACACUGAUGCCAACCUUGGAACAGAGGAAGUACAUGAUGACAAAGGGUGUCACUGCGAUGUAUCAGUAGAAGAUCUAACCCCACCUCUUAAAACUGUUAUCCGAGCAAUCAGAAUAAUGAAGUUUCAUGUAGCAAAGAGGAAGUUUAAAGAAACUUUGCGCCCAUAUGAUGUGAAAGAUGUGAUUGAGCAAUAUUCUGCUGGCCACUUGGAUAUGUUAUGCAGGAUAAAGAGCCUCCAAACUCGAGUUGAUCAGAUUCUUGGAAAAGGUCAAAUAGCAACAGAUAAAAAGAGUCGGGAAAAAACUGUACAUGAAAUUGAGGCAGGAGAUGACCUCAGCAUGUUGGGCCGAGUAGUUAAAGUGGAGAAGCAGGUACAGUCGAUUGAAUCAAAAUUAGACAGCCUACUUGAUAUCUACCAACAGGUCUUAAAGAAAGGAUCUGCCUCAGCACUGACUUUGGCAUCAUUUCAGAUGCCCCUAUUUGAAUGUGAACAAACUUCAGAUUAUCAAAGUCCAAUAGACAGCAAAGACUUGUCCAAUUCUGCACAGAACAGUGGAUUUAUAACCAGAUCAGCUAGUGCCAAUAUCCCUCGAGGGUUACAGUUUGUACUCACACCAAAUGAAUAUAAUGCACCUACGUAUUUUGGAUUUAGUCCAACAAUGGAUAGCCAAGCAACACAGGUGUCGGCAAAUAUAAAUGAUGGACCUGUAACUGUAGUAACAAACAAUAUAUCAAACCAAAUAAGCCAAGCCUCUAAGCCAACAGCACCAACAACACUACAGAUACCAGCUGUAUCUCCAUUGAAACAUAUCAACAAACCAGAACCAAUUCAUAUAAUUCCUAUGACCACAAAAGAGGAUGUCUGUGAUGUCACCGCAUGCCUUGUUGCCUCAAAAGAAAGUGUACAGCCUGCACAGCCCAAUCUAACAAAAAAUUUUGUAAGGCGGAAAAGCCUCGAUACAAAUAGUGCGGUAUUGUCUUCAGUUCCCUUUACACACAAGGAUUUUGGCAAAUCAAUUUCUGUACAAAAUUUGAUUCAAUCUACAGAAGAACUAAAUGAACGGUUGUCAUGCAGUGACUCAAGUGUCUCAAGAGGCAGCCAAGAAACAUACCCACAGUGGAGGGAGUCUAAACUUUUUAUUGCAGAUGAAGAGCUGGAGACAGAAACAUAUGAUGCUGCCUCUGAGCCUACAGUGGAAACUACGUUGUUAUCUGACUCUUUGAGGACUGGAAUAACAAGAUCAUCUCAAAGCAUUAGCAAAACUAGGGAUGGUACAGAAACUCUUAGCCCUCCACAUGUCAAACAUAAAUAACAUUUUUAUAGGGUUUACAGUUUCUUUAGUCAUUCAUAUCAUUGCAUGAACUUAUAAUUAGCAGUGCAAGAACUGAAAGAACUUGAAAUGAAGGUAUACAGUAUGAGCCAAACUCUUCUGGUUGCAUGAAAACGCAUGUUUUAAGUGAAGGCUACAAAUGUAAUAAAGAUAUGUGUAUAUCUUGAACCCUAUAAACUAUAGAAUACUAUACACAAUGGCUGGUUUAAAUGCCCACUGACCUAUAAAGUCAAUGACACCAAAUGUGUUAAUGUGCUUUAGUAUCACCCAACAUUUUUUAGGUACUGUUCACACAUUGUACAUUCUAAAGCACUUUGAAUCUAGAUACAAAACAAUAUCUGUCCACACUAGAACUACAAGGUUGUGUUUACAAGAAAAGGAUAUUACAGCUGCUAGCAAUUUUACCAAGGAAAAUCGUAACAUUGGACUUUAUCCGCUGCUAGUUGUGACAAGAUGAUACCUACACAUUCAUACAUUUUAGUCAUUUAAUGCACAUAUAAUAAGAAUGUUUAUAUCUGUAUAUUUUUGGUGAAAUAGUGUUGUGACAAGCAUAAAGUUGGCACAUCACAUUCAGGUUGUUCUUGUCAUAUAGAAACAUUCUUUUGCUACGAAGAUUUAUAAUAUAUGAAACAAGUCACUGCAGUCUUAACCGUACUAAAUGCUGUAAAAACUCUUUCAUGAAGGACUUGACCUGUUUACUAUAAAGAAAAAAAAAGUUCUGCCUCCACAUUUCUGUUAAAAAGUAUUUUUGGACGUUAAAUGAUAGGCUUGUUACGUGAACGUUGUUACAUACUGUAUAUUGUAUGUUUGGUGUCCAUGUCUAUGAAACCUGCUUUAAGGGACAUCAUUACAGGAAGAAGAAAAAAAGAACUACAGCCAUUUUGAUUAUGUUUUAUUUUCUUACAUCUUUGAUUGGCUUAGUUCUGAUAAAGCCAUUCUUAGUAGAUAUUGAAAUACAUGCUCCUUUGAUGGGGGAGAUGAUAGAAACUCAUCGUCCUGAGAUGAUGUCCUUGCAAAUGAGUUAUUGUGUUCUACUGUUUAUCUGACAUGAACAGCGAAAAAGAUUGAAUGAUAAAUUUUGAAAGAUGUCUGAAGCACAAAAAGCAAAUUAUUGUUUGCCAUUUCAUAUGCCAUUUUGGGUUUCUACUUAAUUAGUAAAAUUCUGCUCUUGCUAAAGCUUGCUUACUAAUAAUAAUUUUGUGACAUUAUCUAGGUUAUCUCGACAUCUCAGCUCGUAUUAGAAAUAACUUAUUUUGAAUGUCUACAUCUGUUUAGCCAAAUAACUAUUCUGUACAUUGAAAAGUAUUGUACAAUGUAUACAGUUACACAAUUUUUUAUUUUAUUUUAAUCAAUGUUUCACGUGCCUUUUUUCAUUGUACAUUGCCAUGUCUCAUGCGUCUGCAUUUUUGAUUAAUAGAUGACUGCAAAAUAUAAAAAAGGUUUUUAGUUAAAAAGAAAAACAAAAAUGUUUGUUACUUUUUCUCCAUCAUUAGACAAUGCAGGUACCCUUAACUGAUUUUAUUGGUAACUUAUCACAGAUAACUUGGUAUACUGUAUUUGCCUUAAAUGAAAUGCUUAAGAGCUUGAAAUUUACUAGUUUUAAUUUAAUUUAUUUAAUAAAAUGUUGUGCACAUAAUGGAGCAAUUCUAUGGAUCAUAUAUAAGAGAAUAUAUGAAAUAUUUUUUU